AUGGCACCCAAGGCGUACGAGCUCCGCGAGAAGAGCAAGGAUGACCUCCUUAGCUCGCUGAAGGACAUGAAGCAGGAGCUGGCGUCGCUGCGCGUGGCCAAGGUGACGGGCGGCGCCCAGAACAAGCUCGCCAAGAUCAGGUCGAUCCGCAAGGGCAUCGCGCGGAGCCUCACCGUGAUCAACCAGAAGACCCGGGCCGCCCUCAAGGAGGCGUACAAGGGCAAGAAGUACCUGCCGACGGACCUGCGGGAGAAGAAGACCCGCGCGAUCCGCCGGAGGCUCACCAAGCACCAGAAGAGCGCGGUGACGGACAAGGCCGCGAAGAAGGCCGCCAACUUCCCCAAGCGGAAGUACGCCGUCAAGGCCUGA